UUCUCCAGGCCAAUAGCAGCAAACGCUCAUUUCUGUUGGAUAUUCACUUGAGAGAUAGACUUGCUCCCUUAUUCCCAAAUGCCAUGCUUAAAAUUAUAUGCACAUAUGUGUUACCUAUAUAUGAUUAUUAAAAAUAUAAAUAUAAAACUUGUCAAGUGUUAGCUGCUGAUAGGAUAUUCUUCGUUUGUCUGUUAUAGAAGGGAAAAUUUAAGGGUCAAAAGGUGGAGAUAGUUUACAAGGAUUCCCAAAAGGCUGAGUAAGUGUAGAGGCGAGUCCCAUUUCAAAAUGUCAUUAGGAGGCAGAGCCUCAAACUUUCCUUGAUAAUUUCACAUUACCCUGCCCAUUUCAGCUCAGUUUUAUCCCUUUUUCCCUUGCAGGGAUGGGUGAUUAUGUCAAUUUCAGUUUAUCUCCAUUUCUUGUUUUUCCAAUCUUUAGUUCAGUUCUCCACAUUUCCAAAUCAGUCUGCAAGAUGUUUUUAAAGGUCCUCAUGAAAAUUCAUUAGCAUUUUAGUGGAAAAUUUUGCAAAGCAGUUUCCCCUGAUACAACACAUUUCUAUAUGUUAUCUUCACAAAGACAUAUUUUUUAAUGCACACUUUACCUUAUCAUAUGCAUUUUUUGAUACAUUACUUGGCUGAACAAAUGCAUUGCAAGAUUUGGAGAAGUAUGCAUUUUAAAUGAUGAACAGCAUGUUGUGUCGUAAAUUGUGAAUAUUGUGGAUUCAUCUUUAAAUGUGAACUGGAUUGAGUUUCUUCCCCGUUUCUAUUCCUAUUAGGCCAUCAGGCCAUGACGUAUGGUAUGCUUCCCUGAGGAUUUGAAUUGUAUGUUCAAGAAUUGCAGGUCUUCUCAGGUAGUGACCUACCAAGCUGAGCACAAUUCACCAUGUCAUGUGACCUGCCCCAUUUUUUUCAGACCAAGGCGGACAGAAAAACCAGGACCUAUCAUGAGACCUGGUGAGCUGUCAUACGUGAACUCAGUUUGCCUUGACCUGAAACGCCCUCUGUUCAACAUGCUUCUCCUUGGCCUCCUGUCUCUGCUUGUUUUGCAAAGCAAAGGUUUCAGCACCAGUUUUCCUGAUGAAACCAUUGCGGAGUUUUCUGUGAAUGUUUACAAUCAGCUGAGAGCUGCGGGGGAAGAUGAAAACAUUAUUUUCUCUCCACUGGGAAUAUCAAUCGCCAUGGGAAUGGUGGAACUCGGAGCUCAUGGGUCCACCCUUAAGGAAAUCAGACACGCCAUGGGAUAUGAAGGUUUGAAAAACGGUGAAGAAUUUUCCUUCUUGAAGGACCUUUCUGACAUGGCAAGCGCUGAAGACAGCCAGUAUGUGAUGAAGCUUGUCAAUUCCCUCUAUAUGCAGAAUGGGUUUCAUGUCAAUGACAAAUUUUUGCAGCUGAUGAAGACGUACUUCAAGGCUGAAGUGGAAGAUGUGGAUUUCAGUCAAAACAUAGCAGUCGCCAGCCACAUCAAUAGAUGGGUGGAGAAUCACACAAAUAACAUGAUCAAAGAUUUUGUGUCGGCCAGGGAUUUCGGCGCUCUCACUCACUUGGCCCUCGUCAAUGCAAUCUACUUUAAGGGAAAUUGGAAGUCUCAGUUCAGGCCAGAAAACACAAGAACCUUCUCCUUCACUAAAGAUGAUGAAAGUGAAGUGCAAAUUCCAAUGAUGUAUCAGCAGGGAGAAUUUUAUUACGGGGAGUUCAGUGACGGCUCCAAUGAAGCCGGGGGCAUCUAUCAAGUUCUGGAAAUCCCCUACGAAGGAGAUGAGUUCAGCAUGAUGAUUGUUCUUUCCAGGCAAGAAGUCCCCCUAGCCACACUGGAACCUCUGGUCAAGGCCCAGCUGAUUGAGGAAUGGGCAAGCUCCGUAAAGAAGCAGAAGGUGGAAGUCUAUCUACCCAGGUUCACAAUAGAACAGGAAAUUGAACUGAAGGAUGUUCUGAAGGGCCUUGGAAUUACAGAAGUGUUCAGCCGGAGCGCUGAUCUCACCGCAAUGUCUGACAACAAAGAACUUCACCUUUCAAAGGCAGUUCACAAGUCUAUCUUCGAAGUGAAUGAAGAAGGCUCAGAAGCUGCCGCUGCCUCAGGAAUGAUAGCCAUAAGCAGGAUGGCCGUGCUGUACCCCCAAGUUAUAGUGGACCAUCCUUUUCUCUUCAUGGUCAGGAACAGAAGAACAAGUACCAUCAUUUUCAUGGGGAGAGUGAUGCACCCAGAAGCGAUGAAUACAAGUGCUCACGACUUUGAAGAACUGUAAUAUCCCCACAAGGCUCACCAAACCCACACACACACACAAAAGAAAAUAAGCACACACCGAGAUUGCAGUCGAUGUAUUUAAGAUUUGCCGUGUGAUUUGUUUGUUUCUUUUUCGCAUUGUUACAUUUGAGGCACGGUCUGAACGGAAAGGAAGAAGGGAGAGAGAAUCAAAAGGAAAACCAGCUUCCAGAUCUUCACUUCAGCUAGAAAUUGCAGGCUGCGGCUGUGGAAGAAAAGCUUUCAGUAUUAAAGUAAAUGUCGUCCUUGUGAUAUCUUGUGUUGGUCCUUUAAAAUAAAAACCGUAACCAUGUCA